GGCAAACACAGAAUUUGGAGGAAUGUGAGAAUCGUGAUGCAUAAGGCGUGAUGCUUCAUGGUCAUGCUUUGUCAGUGUAGCAAACCGGUACACCAGUGUGGAACCGGAGGUUCCAACCCAUGUGUGCCGCAGGCCUUGAACCCAUCAAGUUGAGAGCGAAAAAAAUUGUUCACGACACGCUUUUAAGGAACUUGACAGUAGAAACCUGCAAGCUACCUGGCUCCUGUUCAGUUUGUUUAGUGGAUAUUUAAAAGCGUGGGUCCGAUCUACCAAACCCCUUCUGGUCAAGUAUUGGACACCCCUUUAAGAGUUGUUUGAUCACCCUUUGACUGCCUCUAGAUCUAAGAAUUUCUUUUUAGUACAUUUAGGACUGCGGCCAGGCACCUACACCUUGAUAUUUAUCGUUGCUCUUCGCUACCUGCCGAACUGUUUCGUGCGCCCUUUGACUUGGACGUGGCUUAUGAAAUGGCGGCGUGUGGGUCGAUGGGCGGCGGUUGCAUCCUCAAUGCGGAACUUGAGCUACAUGAUCUUCAUCGCGCGAAUGGUUAACGUGUUGAACCAGUCCGGAAACUAUUGGCUUGCAAACAACUUCAUUUGGAAGUGGCUCCUCCUUCUGUUUCUGCCUUUGGCAGAGUUACUGAAACAAGAAGUUUCCUGUAGAGCUCGGGUAACUUCAGCACACUGGGACAUUCUACCUGCAUAUUUGGUACUGUCUGCGAUUCUUUUUGUGAUCUGGAUGAUCAGCAAACCUUGUUGGUCAAGUUUCUUUCACGUGGUGCUCAAUGUGAAAGACCCUUCAAUGGCCCUAAGUAUUGUCCAAUGGCUUUUGCCCUUCUAUUUCUUCUACAUGUUUGCUGCUCUGCUGGAUUCGAUCUUCUACGGUUUCGGCUUCACUGACCGGCUUGCAUUUGUAUCCAUCAUCACCAACGUGGGGGUCUAUGGAUCAGCCUUCCUCUUAUAUACGCUUCAUGUCUAUGCCUUAUCCAUCGCAUCGGUGAUGUACCUUUUUUGGUGCUGGGAUAGUAGUUGGGUGUCUCGUGCGCGGGAUUUUGUACUAUCGAUAUUUCCUGCGCGGGGUGCCCCAACGGCUUUGAAACUGUGAAUUCGCUUGGAAGUAGCGCAACUGAGGAGUUUCAGUUUCAGGUAUACUUUCCAAGAGGAUUUGUUAGCUCAGUUUGUGCAAAAAGAGAUUGGAAGGAGCGCAUGCAAACUGUUUUACUUUUCCUGAGUC